AUGUCUAUAUCGCGAAUCGAUGAUCUGAUCCGAUUCGGUGAAGGGGCAACACCGACAACAGACUGCACAUGGGCGGGAAAGAGACGUAGUCAAGCUUGGAAGGAAAUCAAGAAGCGGAGCGUUUUCGCGAAAGGAUUCCAAGUUAUUGCAGGGGACGUUUCGCAGCCUCUGGAAGCUUUCUUCAAGCGAUACGGCGAAACAAAACAAAUCCGCGUGAAACAAAUCGGGCCAGCGAACACGGUUACUGCAUUCAUCGAAUACGCAAACAUUGAAUCCCGGAAUGCAUUUCUUGACGAUGCACCCAUGUGGAACAACCGCGAACUCCUUAUUCUAUCGGGAGAGGAUUACUUCGAACUUAUUGCAAAAGAUAGGCACUACAGAGCCAGGGUGGCUGUUGUUGAGAGGCGAGGUUAUGUGCGUUCUAGGAGGCAUCGGUCCGAAACGAAGUUUGAGAUGAAAAGGCUCGCCAAGAGCGUUUUCAAGGGAAUUCCCCCGGAAUUCGCCUGUUUCGAACGUUGGAAAUGCGUUCAUAACAAAACAUGCGAAGUCCUAGUGCGUUUCAAGCUUUUGGACAAGGAAAUCGCAGUGUACAAACCCGAUGAUGAGGACCCCUUUCUCGAGGAAGAGAGCAUACCGUACAUCAAGAGCGCGACAUUGAUGUUCGAAAGUUGUGACGGAAAUGUCCUUAUCGAAGACAUACGGAACACAAUGAAACUGCUCUACAAACUGGAAGAUCGUCCGUUCUCUAAAUCUAUAGAAAACGGUUCAGCAGGGUUGAUCGGCUUCAAGCGGGCUCUCAGCAAAACAGACGUCAUCUGUAUCUCGGAGGUCCUCAAAGUUCGUAAUGGGUUGAAGUUGACGUGGAGUAUCCCUAACGAGGAAACGGAGAGGAAAUUCCAGCUGGAGUGGGUGCGGAUCCUGGCGCUGCAGGUCCUUAAAUUCAAGGGUCUCUAUCGUCAUGAAUAUGAAGACGUGUUCAAAAUCAAACCCGCCACAGGAGGGGACGCAGACAUGAUGGAUAUUGAUUUGGAUCAGGAUGCCGUGAGUCAGACUCCGGUAUGUGCCACUCUCACUGCGACGCAGUGCGGAAAGGCGGAGAAACGAAAGCGUGAGGAUGAAGAGGAUGGCCGCGACGACACUGAAGUACUCUCGCAGGCGCUCUCGGGCGUCCGGAUCACAAAGAAGGCGAGAACGGAGGCAGAAAGCGUUGAGAACGUAAUUGUAAUGUAA